AUGGCACGCAGCAGACCAAAUUCAAAACUCACAGCGGGUAAUAAAAGGCGAGGUCCAGGUCGGCCAAGGAAGCGUGAACCGUCGCCCGAACACCCGGAGUUUUACGCAUCCUCAGAAGACCAACAAGUCGAGGUCGAGGACUAUGCUCCUCCUGCAAGAGCAUACAAUGGCUUUUAUCGAUCAUACGGGGCCAAGACGAGGCCUGGCGAUGGUAAAAUCCGCCCUCAGAGCUACAGGCAGCGCAGACAACCGCCUACUACAUACAAGCCGCCCCAGCCGGAUUCUGAUAGCGAUGAGGGAGUUCACGACUCCAUCACCGUGUCGACCACCGUACAAAUCCACAGAGCCGAAGGCUCUGGCGAAAGACUGCAGUCUUGCAAGGGAAUCACCAAGAAACACCAGCCUCCCAAGCAGGCAGCGUCGGCUCCACAGCCGAGAAAGACCGUCACUUGGGACCCAGAGAACUACCACACCUCGGAACGGGACGAAUGGCGCGGCCUGCCAACGCCCCUGCACGGCUGGUCGUGGCGCGCUCUGAGUGCAGCGCCGAAGAAGGCCAGGCACAUCUCCGACUUCGACCCCCACGUGCCCGAGGAUCGAAGCCAGAACAUGUGGAGUCCCAACUACUUCCCCGGCACCAUCAAGGAUCACGAAGCACCCUGCGUUGCCUGCAGCGAGACGCGUCCACUCGACGAGUUCAUACAGCUGCCCUGCGGCCACUACUGCCACCCGGAUUGUUUCGGACGGGCUCAGGACACGUGCCCGGGGUGCCGCCGCCCAGUCCGUUUCUCCAUCUGCGGACACCGUGCCGAUGUCCGGUAUGUGCGGCUUCUGCAGCUUGCAGGCGGGAGCUUCGGGGGCGUCUGCAAGCCGUGCGGCGCCACGGAUUCCGGCAGGUGGCAUUGGAACAGUGGGCAGUCGGUCUGGAGAGGGACAUCAGCGCUGCGGACCGGGACUUAUAGCCGUCAUCUGGGUACACGGCGCUCAUGUGGACGGCAGGGCCGUCACACCGACCUCGAGGAUGAGCACGGUUCAGAAAGCACCGAAAUCGAUUCUGCUAUUGAGAAAGGCGACGGCGCGGUGCAGCAGCUCGGAGGAUAUCACGGGGAGCUGGCCGACGCGGCAGUCGUAUAUCGCGGCCAGAGGGAGAAGACUGCCCCAGGCGAGGCCAACUCAGAGAGCGAGCUCCAUCAGCCGCCCGUAAACCACGAGGCUCAACCCCCGGACAGGAUAAGCACAGAAGAAACCCUCGCCCCAUGCCGCUUCCGCCUCUGGUGGUCCAUCGGACAGAAACACGAAUGGAAGGCCUGCGAAACAUUGGCCCCUACGAGCCCGGUUCUCACAGAAGCAUACGGCCCCGAGUCGUGCGAGGAGACCUGGAGGCAAUGCACGCGGAACUGGUCCCCAGGGUCGAGGCAUCUCAAGGGCAGGAGCGACAGCGUCGAGGCUGAGAUUGACAGGUUCCGGAGUGCAGCUUGGAGGGCAGGCACGACGCGCGCGCGGAUCGGUCUGCAGGCUCUCGUGGUGGCAUGGCGCAACUUGGAGCGCAUCUGGCUGAGGAUUGCAGCUUACGAAGAGAUGGUGGCUCGUAAUGACACCGCACCGUUACAUGGGAUGGCCCAUGGCGACCUGCGGACGGUGCAGGACAGUCUCCGGCUGGAGUGGGUGGAUCAGCUGGAGGAGGCGGCCGAUGCGAUGGCGAGGUUUUUGUCCUUGCCGGAGGUUGUAGCCAAGGCGUUUGAUAAUCCGGUGUAA